AUGCCUGUCCGUAUUCCUGCCGCCACCCGCACUGAGGUUUGGUGCAUGGGCGCCGCUGGUGUGUCGGGCCUUGCCCCUUUCUACCUGUUGGCACCUGGUGCCGAGGAACGUCUUGGCCGGCAAACCAUCAAAUGGGCUCCCCGUUGGGAGCGCAACAUCAGCAUGUUCCGUACCCCGGCGGAGCGGAGCAUCCAACGCGUCUCGCCCCCAAUCGAGCGUGCCGUCCAGAGGAUGGAACACCGUCUUCCGCUGGAGAAGGCCGCCGUACGGACGGCGAAGACUAUCGAGAGGAACUUCGAGCGGAUUGGUCUCAAGCAACACUAG